CUUGGUCGUCAGUAGCGCUCAGGGUUGCAGCAGAACACCCCCCUUUCGUCUUACCCCCCCUCCAUCGUUUCUCUGUUUUUUAAGACAAUCUCACGCAUCACCCAUUUCCUCUCUCACUCUCCCCCACUGCUUUUUUUUUCUUUUUCUUUUUUCUUUCCUUCCCCCCCGACCUGUAGUGGGUUUCGGAGGCCAGUUGCAUGCAUUAUUCGUCUCCCAAAAUGGUUUGCGAGACUAAAAUUGUUGCGGACGAACACGAUGCUAUACCCGGGACCAAAAAAGAGUCGAUGAUGUGGAGCUCCCCCCCCGCCGAGGCCAAGGGGGUGAGGAAAGACGCGGUCUUUAUCCGCGAGUUCGAGUGCGGGGAUCAGGAGGAGGUGCGGCGCAUCUUUUACGAGGGUAUCAUGGAGAGGAUUCCCAACACGGCGUUCAGGGCGAUCCGGCAGCAGCCCAAGACACAGUUUUUAUACGCGCUCCUGACAGUAAUGUGCUUUUUCGUGACCAAAUCCGUCACGCUGACCUGUUGUGCACCCCUCGUUCUCAUGGGCGCGCGCUACUACUACAGCAGGACAGUAAUCCACAGCUAUCUGGACUGUGCGCUGCACACGGACAUGGCCGACAUAGAGGCUUAUUACAUGACACCUGCAGGCUCCUGCUUCUGGGUGGCGGUGUUAGACGGACGCGUGGUCGGGAUCGUGGCGGCGCAGGGCCGCGAGGACGACGACGCGGUGGAGCUGCGGCGCAUGUCGGUGGACUCUCGAUACCGCGGCAAAGGCAUCGCGAAGGCCCUGGGCCGCCGCGUCCUGGAGUUCGCCGUGCGCAACAACUACGCCGCCGUGGUCCUCGGCACCACGGCGGUCAAGCUGGCCGCCCACAAGCUGUACGAGUCGCUGGGCUUCCGCCGGACGGGUCAGAGCGAGGACCACACGCUGCCCGGCAUGAGCCGCUCGCCGCUGGAGAGGCUCUUCUUCCAGAUCCGCCACAGCCGCUACCGCCUGCAGCUCCGUGAGGAGUGAGAGGUGACCGGGAGAGAGCGGGAGAGAGAGGGAGAGAGGUGGAGGGGGAGAAAGAGAGAGAGCAACAACCCGAGAGCCCCGACUGCAUCCUCUCCUCUGACAGCUUUUAUUUAUUUCAUGUUGUUAGAGAUAACUUGAGUACUACUUAACACAUCAACCACUUUCUCUUUAAAGUCACUAACGUUUUCAUUACUACCAGGCUUUCGUUGCUGUUGUUUUUGUGUUAUACUUUUUAAGAGUUUGUUUUUUCUUUUUUUAUUAAGCUAUCUUUUGUACCUUUACCCCUCCCUCUUCAUUAUGGGAGGAAAACAAAAGGCUUUCACAGAAGACGUCUGACUGGCAGCCCGACCAGGAGCCCUCCCUGCCCCUUUAGGUUUAUAGAUCGCGCGAGUGAUCAAUACUCCCCUUCAUUACUACUCAACAAUGCCCUCUUUACCCCUCCCCCAUUACCCCGAGCGCUGCCCCCCCCCCACGGCAGAGUCCAACAGACGUGCGUGGCGCAGUGGAGUGCGAGGAGGCAUUUGCAUCACGUCUCAUUGGGGGGUGGACGGGGCGACGGAUGGGUUGGGGGG